GCAUGCUGGCACUGAAACCUGAGGCUACAGCCUUUGUGCUUCCAGCAACAACUCAGACACCAGAGGAGGGAGUAAGAGAGAGGUAGAGAGAGCGAAAGUCCUUCAUCACAGACAGUGAUCUGAUGCUGUUGUUGCUGCACAUCGCCAGCCUAAAAGAACCCUGUAUUCCUUGUGUGCGUCUCAGUCAGCUCCUGGAGGAAAUGCGUUCCAGGUGGAGUGUAGGGGCAGGAAUGUGACAUUCCCUGGAGUGACCUACAGGUGAAGGUGUUGGGAGAUCUCGGAGCAGCAUGGCUGUGCUUCUUGUGGUGUUGGUGGUCGUCCUCGUCAGAGCCCCAAAGGCUUGCGAAGGCGAGAAAGCAGUCCAGCCAGCAGGCGUGCUGAAGGAACUGGUGUCACUCUGGCGGAGAGGGGGAGUGUGGGACCCUCGGAGAGAGCAACCCCCACCGGCCAGGACGAAAGGGCAGCGGGUCCAAACGGUGGUCAGAAACAUCAUGGGGGGUCUCCAGACCUUGGGCAUCCUGCCCAGGAAGGGUGUGAGCCUGCCGUCCCUCCUCUCCGCCUCCAGCAAAACUCUGGACAGGAACCGUCUCUCGGGAUUCCUGUACAACAUUUCGAUGUACCUGCAGGGGGCGGGCGGAGAGCCGGGGGCUGAUCCCUACCCCUCUGAUCAGGAGCAGUUCUGGGAGAAUGUGUUCUACUCCCUCAUGCAGCCAGAAGGGGGCGCAACGUUUGGACAGUGGGAGGGGAAAGUGCCACCCAGACCCAGUUUCAGGGUCCGUGAUCUCUUCCUGUCCGUAAGGGGCAGUCGGCACUGGGAUGGGCUGCUGGGGCUGAUUCAGACCAUAUUAAGCCUUUCUGAGAGGCAGCCACAGUGGCGCUUGCUCAGCUUUCUCAAGCAGAACUGGGAGACCAUCAGUGCCCUGCUGGAGACCAUCCUCCACGUGCUUGUUAGCGGAACGUACGGGCAGGCCAGCGCAGGAAUCCAGGGAUUCAUUUGCCUGUUAAAGGGAAGCAACGACUGCGGUUUCGACCUUGGCUGGCUGCAACAGCUCAUCAGCUUUCUGGAGGCCCGGAACUGGAGGCCGGUUGUCAAUUUCCAUCCAGGAGUGGCGAACGGGGGUCAGCAAGGGGGCGAUCCUCCCUUGGGGCGCCUCAGGCCUUUCAGUAUGCUCCCCGGGGCCUUCCAAGAUGAGAAUCUGUUCACCAACCAGACACAGUCCAGUUCGCCCAGUCCCAGCGGGCUGAGCUCAGUGCAGACACUCCUCCUCCAAGCGCUAUCAAGGCCCAGUUCGGGACAAAGAACAGGGCAAUCUCAGGAGCCAGGCCCAGUCCUGCUCCAGGGAUUGGAUAAUCUCCGACACGGGCUUCUACACCGGCUGGGCAGCAGUGUGUAUGGCAGCCUACGGAGGAAGGUGUCCAGGGUGACUGGGGCAUUGCUGGAGGACGUGUCCAGUGUGGUUGGCAUGCCACAGGUGGACCGCGAGGGCAAGUGCUCAGUGGGUGACCUAAGACAGCUUAUUCUGUGGGGCAUCAGGCACAACCUCACCUGGAACACAAAGGAUCUGGGUUUCAGUUCUCAGUAUCCUCCCAGCAGGCCUUAUCUCAUGCCCUGCAGCUCUUCCAAGGAGAGGGGCACAGUCAGGAGCUUCAGCCGGCCAGCAGGUCCACGCAGGUCCAGGGCCGUACCGCUCAGCCCAGAGCCCCAAAACAAUGACCAAGACCAGGCGGCGGCUCACUACCCCCCACCCACAGAGAUCCUAGAGGCAGCCUGUAACGAGUCCAUCCCUGGGCUGACGGGAGUGUCGAACUUCACGGUCUUCCUCUACUGUAACCUCUUCGACGGAACCGAGGAAGGUUUGGACACGCAUGCAGGCCAUGAGGGGCUGGACCUGCGUGCCACCUGCUCAGACGCUGCUUGGUACCUCUCGGCCGCCGAGGCAGACUUCCUGUGGGUUCACGUGUGCAGUGAGUUCUUUGCCCAUGAGUUUAACAACACAGUCUGUGCCAACUCCUCCUUCUGGGUGGAACGUGCCCACCAGGCGGCUGUGACAAAGGAGUACCUCUUUCUCAAUCAGUCCAGCAUUGACAGCCUGUGUGUGCAGCUUUCCAGUGAUGCCAGUGGAAGUCCAGGCACCAGUGCCAGUGAGGAUUGCUUUGUGCAGCUGGGGGCUGGAUCCCUGAGCGCCCAGAACUUUAGCAGAUGCUUUCUGCCCAACGGCUCGUCUUUGAUUGCAGCUCUCUGUGGCACUGACGCCUCUCUCCCGCCCCAGGGAGGCAGCUGGGCGGCAGAGUACUGCUCGCGAGUGCACCAGAAUUCCUCCCGUUUCAACCUCACAGAGGAGACUUGUGAAUACCAGAAAUGGGAGCCGGGGUCGUUUAGAAACAUCACCCUCCUGGAGCUGUGCCGGGGAUCCAAGGGAUUGAGGGAGCACAUCUGCCACAACGUGUCCGUCUAUCGUCAGCUUGUGUCAUUUCCCUGGCUGGUAGAUUACUGCUCUAACGUGGGUGUGAAUCCAGGAGACGGCAAGUGCUUCCUGCAACAGAUCCUGGACAUGCUCCCUGCACCAUAUGAUAUUGACACUUCCCAAAUAUGUGUAAAUCCCACUCCCUUCAUCCUGGACGCUAUCAGUAGGCUGAACCAGUGCGAGGGCCGUGGCGAUGACCGUGUGAGCUGGCUGGGGGCAGUGAGCUACGUGCUCCGAGCGCUGGACUUUGUAGUAGGGCUGUCGGCGGGACUGGAAGAGGGAGAGAGGGAGGUACACCGGGGCUUAGGUCAGGCCAUCCUGCUCUCCAGUCUGCUUGACAACACCUCUUUCUGGGCCACCCUUCGCCCCAAUGCCUCCCUGAGUAUGCUCCAGACUGUGGGCGUCUUUCUCGGGAAAGAGCAAAACCAUUCCCUGAAGGAGGACCUUCUCAGCUGCUUUAGCCCUGUAUUGUGGGACCUCAUCCAGAGGGAAGACAAUUCCUCUGCCCUCAGAGUCAUCUUCCAGGAGUACCUGCAGAUGCCACAGGAAAGCAUCCGCACUCUGCUGAUGUCGGCUGAAAACGAUGCAGUCAAGAGAUUCCUGUCCCAUAUGCACCAGAGCUGGAACCAGCUGCAGGUUCAGACCAUUCAGGUCUCAGAGAGGGAGCAGCAGGCCAUGGAGACAAUGGCCUCCGCCUUCAUCCACAAGUUCCCGCGUGUCACCCCUGACCUCUUUGUUGACCUCUCCCAGUUCAUCCCGUUCAUGUCCAUCUCUGACAUCAUGAGCUUCCCAGCUUCCCUUCUGGUCAACGACAGUGUGCUGACGGCUAUCCGUGAUCACAGCCCUGAGAUGAAGUCUCCCCAGAAACGAGCUUUUGUCAAGAGGCUGCUGCAGUCUAACGUCUUGGGGGAUGUCCCAGCAUGGCCCCCCUACUUCCUGAGCUCCAUCCUGCCACUCUUACCCCACCUGCCCCUCUGCCACUUCCAGCAGCUCACUGCCCAGCAGCUGAGCCCCCUGGUAGAGGUGCUGGGGAACAGCAGUCUGGAUGCCACAAGGGGGCGCCACCUCUUGCGCACAGUCUUCAACGAGAAGAGGGAUCUGACCAGCGAGGAUGUGAAAAGGCUUGGGGUGCUGGUGUGCUACAUGAGCCCAGAAGAGCUGCGACCCCUCUUGCCCACCCAGCCCCUGGCCCGUACCCUGAGGGAGCGCCUGGCUCUGUGUAUUUCUGAGGGGCUCACUAGCGCCUCCGGCAGGCUGUCACACUGGCUGGCUUUGGCUCUUCAGCAGCUGAGCGCCAGCAGCCUCCCCCCGGCGGAGCUGGCUUCCCUGCGGGGUCUGCUGCCCCAGCUGGGAGCCUCUUUCCUGCGGCCGCUCCCUGUGACUCAGGUGCUUGACCUUGUGGGUCAGCCGGGGCUCCAGCCCUUCCCCCCAGCACAGGCCUAUCAGGUACUGGGCGAAAUAACGCAGAAGAUAAAUCUCUCUGCGGCCGGCCUGUGCAGGCUCCGGCCCCUGCUCCCGGGGAUCAGCCCCCUCGCUCUGCGAUCCCUGGCCGGCCGGGGCUUCCCCGGGGAGGAGUCCUGCCUCUGCCAGGGCUCCCUGCUGUCCGAGCUUGGGCCUGCCCUCAGAGCCCUGCUGCUGGACUCGCUGCCGGUCCUGGGCAACGUUUCCGAGAGCCUGUCCCCGUGGUCUCGCUGCCUCGUGCCUCUCCUGCCCCUGAGGAAGCUGCCUCUGGAAGGAGCUGCAGUCCUGAGAGACGUUUACCUCUACAGACAACUGCCCUGGUCCUCACAGCAGGCUCAGUUCCUUUUCAAAAAGAUCCUUCAGACUACUAAUAUCACAGGAGCGACCAUCGCAAACCUGGGUCGCAUUGCUGGUGGGAUGAGCUGUGACUGGCUCAGGCUCUGGGCCAAUCAGUCAGAUUUUUCGAAACUGCUGCAAUUGGUCAGUGGGCUCCCAGGAGGCGUGAGACCAGCUCUGAGAAAAUGUGUCAUUGAGGAGCUUCUGAAAAGACCAGAAACGGAUCUGCGCAUCCUGUCCCCAGAGUUCUCUUCCAGCUUACCGGUGAAGAUGAUUGAGAGCCUCUCCAACGCCUCGCUCUUGGCCAUCCUGGAGCAUGUCAGACAGCACUUCACUGACUUCCUCAGGCUGUCCCCCCACAAACGGACUGCCCUGGCAGAGAAGGCACUCUCUGUCCUGGGCAUCUCCCAGGAGGGGGAAAUCUCAGGGGCCUCUCUGGACCUCAUGGGCCCCCUGUUCCCCUUCCUGGGCAGUGCAGCGGUGGGACAGGUGGAGAGGGGGGCACUGAGGCUGCGGCUGGAUGAGCUGAAAGGGUACUGCUUGCCUCCGGAGGUGCUGCAGGAGAUCGCCCGAGUCCUGACGGAGAGAGACAUGCUGGGUGAGCCGGCGCUCUGGACCCUGAAGGAGAUGGAGCACGCGGGCUGGCUGCUGCUAGCUCUCUCUUCUCAAGACAUCGGCACCCUGCCUGUGGACCUGCUGAGCCUCGACUCGGUGGAGCAGGUGCUGGAGAGCCUGGGGCGCUGGCAGAGCAGUGAGGUGGGCCGUGCCUGUGACGCGCCCCGAGGAGACAGGGAGAAGAGAGAUGGUCUCGUUCACAGGGUUGUUGGGGGCGGGGACAGGAGAAAGAGAGAGCCCAUCCCAAGCUGUGCGGACAUCAAGGGAACAUUCCCUUCUGCCUGGAGCGCGGCCCAGCUCAGCCGGAUGGAGGAGGGGGAGAUGCUGCAGUGUGUUGAAGCUCUGGGCCAGGACAGGGAGCUCAGUUCUGAGCAGCGCCGCGCAAUCUGGACACGCAUGAGACAGGCAUACGACCACAAAGCCAUCAGGCCAGAGGAGAUCUUGCAGCUGGGCUGUAUAGUGACCGAGCUGAGUGAGAGGGACCUGCAGGACAUUAACCUGGCCAACCUGAGGAUCUUGGCCCAUCUGGGAGCAAUGAGAGAAUGGAGUCCAAAGAAGAUGAGGGCGGCUGCGCUGAGCUUCCUGCGCCACAGUGCGCUGAAGGUGGAGGAGCUGGGCAUGGCUGAGCUGGCAUCUCUGGGGCACCUGCUCUGCGGACUGACUCCUUCCGAACUGAGCCGUCUCGACCCCCAAGCUCUGAGUGUGGCGGCCCUGUUCCUCAGAGAACUGUCCCUCCCGUGUUCAGAGCUGCAGUCCGAGUCUCUGUCCUUUCGGCUGACAAGUCCACAGGCUUUCGGGCCAGUUAGUGAGUGGGGCUCCGAGGUCUUCACUGAGAUUGGGACACUGGCAGUCGGAUUGCCGGACAUUGUGCUGUCUUCACUGGUCAGGGAACAGAUAGAGGGACUGACUCCAGCUGCCAUUGCCCUGAUCCCUCCCAGCAAGCUGGCUGUAGUGCUCAGUAUUGUCCAGCUGUCUUGGCUGAGUCCUGAGCAGGCAGAGGCAGUGACCCAGGAGCAGUGGGAGGAAUUGAGCAGCGAACAGAGACUUGCAGUGGCCUUGGCACAGUACGAAGGGGAGCUGAUCCAGGAACACAGAGGGAAGAACUGGGGUCCGCCAGCACAGUCCCUCUACAGCUCCUUCGUGUGGCUCUUGUCCUUGUGUUGUAUGCUACGCACUCUGUUAUAAAGCACUCUAUGGAAGCACUUGUAAUAAG